GUUGGUGUUUUCGUUUUCCUCCCCUGAGCGAGUGACAGGCGAAACAGGAGGAGGGAGCAGAAGUUUUCCUUAGCUUCGCCUGCUCGUUCUCAUCAUGGAGGCUCGGGGACAUUUCUCCCGUGAGGAAAUCAACAGCACGGUGUGGGAAGUCCCGGAGAAAUACACGCGGCUGAAGCAGAUAGGAACUGGGGCGUACGGUGCAGUGUGCUCGGCAAUAAACGACAAGAGUAAAGAGAAAGUGGCCAUAAAGAAGCUCCACAGGCCCUUUCAGUCGGAGAUCUUUGCCAAGAGGGCGUACAGGGAGCUCCGGCUGCUCAAACACAUGAAGCACGAGAAUGUGAUAGGACUCCAGAAUGUGUUUACACCUGCCUGCAGCUUGGAUGAUUUCCAGGACUUCUACCUGGUGAUGCCUUACAUGUACACUGACCUGUCAAAGGUGAGGGGUCAGCUCUCUGAAGACAAAGUCCAGUUCCUCGUUUACCAGAUGCUCUGUGGACUGAGGUACAUUCACAAGGCAGGAAUCAUCCACAGGGAUCUUAAGCCUGGAAACCUGGCUGUUAACCAAGACUGCGAACUGAAGAUCCUGGACUUUGGGCUGGCUCGCAGUGCUGAUGCGGAGAUGACGGGCUACGUGGUGACCCGUUGGUACCGGGCGCCUGAGGUCAUUCUGAACUGGAUGCACUACACCCAGACUGUGGAUAUUUGGUCUGUGGGUUGCAUCAUGGCUGAAAUGAUCAACGGAAAAACCCUCUUUAAAGGAAAAGACUACAUGGACCAGCUAUCCCAGAUCAUGAAAGUGUGUGGCGUGCCUGGACAAGAGUUUAUACAGAAGCUUGAAAGUCCAGAGGCCAGAAGUUACAUUAAGGGCCUCCCUCGCCAUCCUAGAAAAGACUUCUCAACAUUGUUUCCCAGAGCCAGUGAACAGGGUAUUGACCUGCUUGAAAAGAUGCUGGUUCUGGAUGGAGAUGAAAGGCCCACUGCUGAGCUCGCUCUGGAGCACCCGUACUUUGACAAUUUACGGGAACCGGAGGACUUUCCUGAGCCUACGCCAUACGACGACAGCCAUGACAAUGCAACCAUGUCCCUAGAUGAGUGGAAACGGUUAUGCUACAAGGAGGUGAAUAGCUUCGUGCCAUUUCCACGGCGGGACUCCAAGAGAAAAAACACUCUUACUAUGUCUCCAUGAUACGACAGACAUAACGUAACUCCCCUACAAAGACCACACACAGCCAACGGUGCCCUUGUAUAUUCCUGACCCAAAAUCACACUAUUUCUUUUACUUUGGAGGUGUUUUAGAUUCAGUGUUGACAGUGAUCUAUUUAAAUAAAGAUUUCCCCAAUUUCUUUUGGAA